GUCCCCAGCUGAGGUUCAUCUGCGACCAUGAAGCCGUUCUCUUUCUUCACAUCAAGCAAGGUCAUAUGAAUCUCGAUUUCAAGAAAUCCACUUCGACGAAUGCUACAUCCCACCGGUAGAUUCUCCUUAUUGCAUAGGAAUACAAAAGUCGACAAAAUUGAGCUGCUUUCAGUGUCAUGUUCUCUCGAGAGGGGUUCCAUUUCGACAAAGCGUCCUCCAAGCCUCUUGUCCAGAUGGUCGUUCUUAAUUUUAACAGCGGUGACUCUCAAUUACAAGAAUAACGAAAGCACGCGUCUCGAGUCCGUCAAGUUCUACCUCCUCCGGUACCUUGACUUCCUUACGCAGGCCGGAAGCCACCGUCUCCUUGACCUACCCGAGUUUAGCGAUAGUCAGGAGAAAGCCAACAUCAAUCAUACACUCUACAAGGAUCCCAAAUUCUCUGCACUCUUAGAAGGUUUCAGGGUUGUUGACUUCAGAUUCGAAGAAAUCAACAGUGCCUUGCAUUCUGAGUGGCUAAAAUGUGUUCGAAUGUUGCAGAUGCCUGCUGACAAGUCUUCGCAUGAAUGGCUUGACUGCCCAUGUGUCCGCUUUUGUUAGUGUCAGUGAUGGAAGGUGGUCUUUUGAAGUUACAACUUGGAACA